UAGACGUGUUUGAAAAUCAGUGUUGGCCAAGCACCUGUCAAAUCCUUAUCAUCUUUCAAACUCUCGUCUAAAUUCUAGCAAAAUGGAGAUCGAGAACAAAUUAGACGAAGACUUCGUCUUCUACCUCGGCUUCGUCGGUACCUACUUUAAACAUAUCCGCGAUAAAGACAUUCGUCACCACUGCGAACAAUGGCUGCUAAAACUAUGCGGCGAACCUUGCCAAAGCGUCGAAAAAAAACGAGGACGUAACAUCUACCUCUCACAACUUAUUCUAUGCAUGCAAACCGGAAUUUUGGGCAAUGAGUUUAAAGUUCCUGUCAACGAAGUAGAUGUGGCCAAUGCGACUCAAGUGUUUCAACUACAGCCUGAAGGAGAAGCAAUGCUGGCCCCAGGAUGGUUGGAGGAUAACGAUGCUGAUGUUGGUACUGCUGCGAAAAAUGCAAAGACCGGGAGAACUUACGUAGCUACAAGGACGUUGCCAGGAGGACAAGGAGCUUUUGCGUACGUUGCUGUCUCCUUGGACGAAGAAGAGCCGAAGUGGUUAGGAGGAGGCGAAGGUGUUUUUGACCGGCAUAUGGAACAGAAGUUUAGGGAGGAGGUGCCCGACUAUGAAAUGGAGAAAAUACUAGCAAGGAGGAAAGAUCCCAAAGAGCGGGAGAAGGUUAUCACCUUCUAUAAAGUCCUAUUGACAAAUAUUGAAGAUGAGUUGGACGAAAAGAUACAAUCAGGUGAAAAUGGCACUGUUAAUGGUCUCUUGGAACAACUGGAACAAGAUAUGAGGGAUCGUGGCCAGUUCGAGCCAUUCGCACACCUGAAUGCUAAAGAUUUAAGAAAUGAACUCCUUUUAGUACUACAUGAUCGCAUUCAGCUCAGGAUUAAUAAAGUUAUGAAACGCGAAGAACUUCUAGAUGAAAUAGAGAAAGGCAUUCUUGCAAAAUCAUUCUUUGAAACCUCCGUAACGCCAGAAGAUAAGUUCUUGUUACCUCCUGCAAUGUGGGAGCAAGCUAUAAAUAAAAUUCCCAACAAAAAAUUGCUCGAGAAAUUAAGAGAUAACUAUCCGAUGAUUCUGAUAGAGAAAUUCUUGAAGCUACUUUCUGAUUAUAAGGAAGAAAUAGCAGUAAGAAUGCACCGCCGACACGAAAACAUCGCCUCGCAGAUGAAGCGAGAGUUGAGACGAGAAGAUGAGAAAGGGAAGAAACUUGUCGAAGGCGCCCAAAUCGCAUGCGAUCACGCUUCUGAGAUUCUCAAAGCUGUGAAAGAGGCCUAUACGAAUAAGGCCGAAGUUGAGAAGAGAAACGCCGAAAAGAUUGCUAUUCCUAAAUCGGAGCAUUCCGAACUGUAUGACCAAAUGAGAGCUGCUUUGCUUGAUACUCAGAAGUCUGUUGAGGAUGAAGCGGCCAGAGGAAAAGUGUUGGCAGCUCAAAUUGGAGAAAUCAAUGAACAAACUGAAAUGUGUUUGAAAGUAACAGAAGAAAAUGUCAGGAAAAUUGAAGAGAAAAAUAUGGAAAUUAUGAAAAAUAUCAAAAGGUUGAAUGCUGCAAUUGACAAUCAGCAAAAGAGGAUCGAAAUGGUGCAGAAGGUAGGAGAGAGGAAGGGAAACCAAUUUGAAUUUUUCUUCUAAAGAGCGGAAAUGAUAUCUAAUAUACAAUUUUGAGACUA